CUUCUCUUUAGCUUUUGCUAAAGACAUUUAUCCUUUCUUCGGUCUGUCCAAAUUCUCUCUCUCUCUCUCUCUCCCCAAUGGCUUCCUCUCUUCUUCUUCUUGUGUCAGUUUCAUGGUUCUCUUCCUUCCUGGCUCUGCUAGUCUCACCAGCACAAGCAGACACCUGCACCUCCCAGGUAUUCAAUAACAGCAAUCUCUACUCCAGCUGCAUCGACCUCCCCGUCCUCAGCUCCUACCUCCACUGGACCUACGAUACCUCCAACUCCUCUCUGUCCAUCGCCUUCGUCUCUACACCCCCCCAAUCUGACGGCUGGGUAGCGUGGGGCAUCAACCCCACCUCCACCAAGAUGGCUGGGGCACAGAUACUCUUGGCCUACAACACAGAUAGUGGGAUCCCAACCGUCAAAACCUUCAACAUCAGCUCAUACACCUCCUUGGUACCGGGAAAACUCUCGUUUGAUAUCUGGGACAUCAGCUCCGAGUUCUCCGACGGAACGUUCAAGAUCUUCGCCGCCGUUAAGGUCCCCAAAGACGAGAAGUCCGUGAACCAAGUCUGGCAGGUGGGUCCCGCGGUCAACCAAAACUCUGGUUUCCCCGACAAACAUGACAUCGUCGGCCCCAACCUGGAGUCCUUUCAGACCUUGUCCUUGGUAGCUAGGUCCACUACUACGGGCACUAGCAUUAAUCCCAAUAAACCUAGCAUUAGCUCUAAUAAUCCCGUUAAUCGCCAGUGCAGUAAUAAGGGCGCUCCCAAUAAGGGCGCUCCUCCCUUUAAGACGACUAACAAAUUUCCGUGCGCUAGUGGCAUGGGUGGUGGUGGCUUUGGUGGUGGUAGUGGUGGUGCUUUCAUUGCUUUCUAA